GCAAGUUAGUUAUGCCGCGGACACAUUUCUCGGAGACAUUUCAUAUAUCUAGCCGGUAAUGAGACAGGGUCGAGAACAUUAUACUUAAGGGCCAAUGCGAACCGCGGGCGAGUAAGGAGUGUAUGAAAGUCAAACAAAAUUCAACUACUGAAUCUUGAAUAAAAAUGGCAUACUUAGAACUUUUUGACCUCCCAGGGGCAGUGUACCCUCGUCGCGUACUCAUUUACCUCCACGAAAAGGGGCUCAUCAACUCCCCACACAUCAAAAUCACACCAGUGACCAUAUCCCCUACUCUCGAAACAUCAGCUCCCGGAAAGCCCAAGGGCACGUUACCAAUUCUAGCCUUGCCAGACGGAACAUUUAUCAAACAGUCAAUCGCUAUUCUAGAAUAUCUCGAAGACAUAUGCGACAAUCCUCAAGAAGAAUGGCAGAAGGAGUUCGUUGCUACUGCCAAACCUUCAAUGAGAGGCAUAAGUGCGCGCGAGAGAGCCACAACCAAUGAAGCAUUGGCUAUAGUCGACGAGGCUGCAGCUUUCUUCGGCUUCGCUUGCCAUAAGGGAAGUAAGCUCUUCUUUGGACGCGAACCGACAAGUCCCAUUACCGCGAAGUUAGCUAUUGGCUGGGCAGAGAAGAACCUGAAGAACCUCGAACCUUAUUACAACGGCCGAUACGAGGAAGGGAGCCCGGAGACACAAGUUACCAUCGCCGACUGCGUUUUGUUCUCACUUCUACAGUUCGCUAAGGAACUAUAUCAGGUUGGCCUUGUGGCGGAUCCUGAAUUGUUGAAUCUGAAGAGAUUUUAUAACGCUUUCAAGGAGAGGAAAAGUACCUUCCUUUCGCCAGAUAUGUGGCCCCCGCAGGUUAGGGAGCUUGCCCCUGUUUGGCUGGAGGAAUGAUUUUUUUCCCACGAAGCAGUCAGACAAGUGUAUAUUCCUUUCCUAUGUGAAAUAGCCAAUAUCUACUCCCGAUGAGAUGAAUCUCGUUUGGUUCGGAUAAAAAUCCUUGAUAUUGUUAAAAU